UGGAAAAACAUCAAACAUAGUUUUUCAAAAGUUUAAUUUUUCAUAGCACGCCGAGAAAUAAAUAAAAUAAUAUGAGCUCGCUUUGAUCUCAUUUUCAGCAGAAUUUGACCUUAUGUCCUCUUCCUUAUCCCUGACUUUGUUCUACGCACAGAAUAUACAGAACAUCUUGAUCAAAGUACAUACAACGAAUCCCAUCACACAAUCCUAUUUCACAGGACAAAAGACUUCAUUAUUUGAGAUUUUGCAAACGAGAAGAACGAUGAAGUAUGUAAAUGUAUUCAACCAGAAGACCAGUGGAAGCUUCCAUUUCGAUCGUUUAACUCGGAAAAUUUUCACAUCAUAAAAUUAUAAUUUUCUGUGAAAUAAUUCAUAAAAAAAUUGCCACCAGCCAUCUAUACUUUUCCUCCAAAACUGCUCGAACAAUUUUUCUGCAACUGCGCAUCGAAUCUUCAGUUCUUCCCAAAACGGUGUCCUGCAGCUUCAUUCAAGAAGACGCUAUACGUAUGUAGUAGUCCAUUGCCUGCCCAGUAACUAUACCCACAUUUUAAAACCUUGACUCUCGACUAGGCGAUUUUCCUUUAGGAAGAUAUCGCAGUAUUCAACAAGUAGACCUAUUUUUACACCCCAUUUCUCUAUCGGCUUUUUGCGGUUCGAAAUUCCGCGACACUCAUCCGGAGGCCAAAAUGGCGAAACUGGCGCCUGGCGCCUCACUGGCGACUGGCGUCAAUCUCGUUUUUUCAGACAUUAUCGAGUGAUUCCGUAAGAAGGAAAGUGAACGCCAAGUUUUAUGGAAAAUUUAGUCUUCUGGUUUACGCGUCCACUGAUUACAGUGUUAAGUGAUUUUUUAAAUAAAAUAAUAAUUUCGCAAUCAUUUUAGCAAUUAAUUUUACUACCCUGUGAUGCUAUACAAGAAAUUACGUUACAUACGUCAACGACCAGUGCAGUUGCUGUUACGAUAUUCCUAAAUAGAAAAUAUAGUGAAAACCCUCUGUUUAUUGCUGGAAAAGUGUACGUUUAACUCAAGUAAAGAUGCCCAUACUCGAAAGAUGUUGUUGCGGAUGUCCAUUAGGAGGAGGCAGUCAAAUUAUCGUUACUUUAAAUCUUAUAGGUGCAAUCAUCUACCUCCUUUACGGUUUUGCUGAUGCUGGUUCUGAAGAUGUCCAUCAUAACAUAAAGGAAUCUCCCGGUUUUUUCGGCGUAAUUCUACAUCUGUUUCUACCAACUAUAGGACUAAUAGCAGUUUAUAAAAAAAAACCCGUGCUGCUUUUAGUUUACGUAAUUAUUUUAUGGAUUGGAAUUGCCAUUGUUACACUCUUCACAUUUAUCAUCUGGAUUGCCGUAGCCUCAGAAUAUGAUGAUAUUCCUGCGUUAUACUUAAUACUGAUAUUCUUCCUUUUUGCUUAUUGCGGUGUGCAGGCAUAUUUAAGUCUGGUCCUAUUCAGCUACUAUCAAGAAUUGCAACAUCCAUCUAGAUCGCAAGGUACAGCCACCGUUGUUUAGUUAAGAAGGAUUUCAAACUUUGAAACUGGAGUUGGACUCUUCAAGGUACCUGCAUUGGUAGUUCAUCUGUUUACAAAAUGCAUUUGUAAAAAGCAUUAUAGUCAGAAUUUCUCCGAAUCCAAGCACUUGCAUGAGAACCUCUCGAGAUAUUCGCUUCGGGUUUGAACGAGAUAGUGAUUUUUUGAAAGAGUAUAGUCUGAAACCCCCACAAUUAACAUUUCAGCAGCCUGGAUUGUUUUUACAAUUUUUGGCGAAUUUUUGAAAAUUCAAAAUUGAUUAGGUAUUUUUGGCGAAUUAUGCUUUUUUAAAAAAAAAUAUACAGCCCUAGAUAAAUAGAUAAUUUUUUAUUCAAUAAAAUAAUGGAAAUUGAUCGAAAAACUGAUGUCAACUGCCGAUCGAACCGAAUUUCACCAUUUUUGGCCAUACUGGUGCCUCCAGCUCGAUUUCCGAUCCUUCCAGAAUUUUAAAAUGUCUCCAGAACGUGUGGAAAUUAGUUUAGGCAGCGAACAUCCAAGCUGUGGCAAAUCUGUGACCUGUUUAAAAGAUUUAUUCACAUUUCAGUCUAUAUAUAUACCCAGGCGGACUCCUCAAGUGCGUUUUUUGACCAGAACAUUUACGAGAAAACAAUUCAAAAAAAUCCAAACUUUUCUACUUGCAGAAAUUUUUUUGAAAAUCGUCUUAAUGAUUGUAUUUUUUCAAAAAUCGAAUUCCCAAAUCCGAAUUUCGUAAUUUUGAGCCAUUUCUGGAGCUUCCAGCGUGAUUUUUAGAAUUUUCAAGAUCUUUAAAACUUCUCCAAAUGGCGCAAAAAUCAAUUUGGGCAGCUUAAAAUCGAGUUGUGGCUUAUCCUCGACAUGCCCAAGAGAUUUAUGCACAUUUUUGAGCCAAUUUCAAGGCAACUACCUCAAGUAUGAAGUCACAACUCGGCUUUUAGCUUCCUUAAUCAAUUUCCACGCCUUCAAAGAAGAAAUCAAAAAUCACGCUGGAGGCUCAACAAUAAUUAGAAGUGGUGAAAUUCGGUUCGAGAUAGCUGAUAUUAGUUUCAGGACUAAUUUACAUUAUUUUUACUGAAUAAUUAUGUUUUGUAUUUUUUUUUAAAAAAGCAUAAUUCGUCAAAAAUGAUCAAGUUUUUGAAUAAAGUAUUUCAAAAAUUCUCCAAAAAUCGAAAAAUCAAUUUGGGCAGAUGAUGGUUAUGGUUAUGGAGGUUGAAGACCACGCUCGCGCUCUUUCCCAAAAUCGCAGUCUCGCUCAAAUCGGAAACGAACAUCUCGAAAGGUUCCCUUGUAAUAAGAUGUAUCUAUACUAAGAGAAAUUCAAUUAUUUAUACUUACUCCUGGAGAAUGUUUCCAGCUGUUUAAUAUUAUGUUAAGUUAUGAGAUAUUUUUCGACAUAGGUGCCUUUAUACUACUUAAAACCUUACCAUAAUAAUUAAUUCGUAAAAUGACAAUAAGUAGGCCUACAUUAUAAGCAAUGUUAUCAAUUAUCAUACCUUAUAUUCAAAAUAAAUACUUAUAAUCA